AUGAAAGUCUCGAUAGUUCAAUUAUACGUGACCUUCGUUUCAUUGUUUGGCCUUGUGAUGGCUGCACUUACUAAUGAAGAAAUGACGAAAUAUGUUAAAUCCCAAGGAAAUAAGGUUGUUAGUCUUAAUGAUGAAAAUUAUGAGCAUAUAUUAAACGGAGAGAGAGAUUAUCAUUUGAUUGUGAUGUUGUCGUCACAAUCACCAAAAAUUAAUUGUGUUUUAUGUAAUGAAUUCAAACCAGACUUUGAGACCAUUGGAAAUUCGUGGAUUCAAGACCAUCCAAAUGGGUUGAGUAAGGAAGCAUUGGAAGACACCGAAUCAGUUAUUCCAAAGAAGAAUGUUUACUUUAUGUUUUCUGAAUUUACUGAAUCCCGUAACUUUUUCCUGUCUCUUCAACUUAAUAAUAUUCCUAAAGUAUUCCAUUUCCCACCAUCUACAAAUAAAAGACCAAACGAGUAUGUUAAUCAGUUCGAUGAAUACCAAUUCUAUCAAGGUGAUCAUAAAGUUUUAUUGACAUCUUGGUUAAACCAAAUUACUGGACACACUUUCAAUAUCUAUAUUCCACCUGAUUACACUAGAAUUGCCACGAAUGCCCUUAUUACAUUUGUUGUGGUAAUGUUAAUUAGAAAGUUCAAUGCCGAGUUCAUUAUGGUCGCCACAUCUAGAAUAUUAUGGAGCGGUAUUUCAUUAGUGGCUAUUUUAUUAUUGAUUUCUGGUUACAUGUUUAACCAAAUUCGUGGAGUUCCGUUCGUAAUGGAGCAUCAAGGUGGUAAAGUUGACUAUUUCAUACCUCAGCAGCAGAAUCAAUUAGGUGUUGAAACUCAAAUUAUGUCUUUUGUUUAUGGUUGCUUGAGUUUAUUGGUUGUGAUGUUAAUUAAAAGAGCACCUCAAAUUAAGAAUUCUCAUGUAAAAUUGAUUGCUGUUAUAGUUCUUAGCAUUUUAAUCUUUGUUUUAUACAGUGUUUUACUUUCAAUUUUUGGUAUAAAAGGAAUGGGCUACCCAUACAGAUUCAUAACGUUAUAA